UGUGAUUGGCAGCUGCUAGCUCCCAAGAUCCUGUUGCAGCGACAGAGAGAUCCACAAACUCACUCUACUUGCACCACAUGAUACUUAUCACAAUUCACACAUCGUACCAAACAUUCUCAAGUGCACCAAGACAAGCUUUGUACAAUAGCAGCAGCAGCAGCAGAGAUCAGUGAUUAGGCUUUAAAUCACUGAUCAAGAUGAGUGGCGCAACGGCGGACUGGGCAUGGUGGCUCGGCCUCGUCGCCGGCGCCGUCCCGCUGCUCGCCCUCGCCGUCUGGCACUGCACCGACGCCUUCCACAGCGCCGCCUUCGCGUUCCGCCGCCGCGGGACACGCGCGAGGCUCCCCCCGGGCCACAUGGGCCUGCCGUUCGUCGGCGAGACCCUCGCCCUGAUCUGGUACUUCAACCUCGCCCGCCGCCCCGACGCCUUCAUCGAGGCCAAGAGGCGGCGCUACUGCUACGGCGACGGCGACGACGACGGCGGCAUCUACCGGACGCACCUGUUCGGCUCGCCCGCGGUGCUCGUCUGCUCGCCGGCGUCCAACGGGUUCGUGUUCCGGUCGGCGCCGCCCGGCAGCUUCGGCGUCGGGUGGCCGGUGCCGGAGCUCGUCGGCGCCUCGUCCCUGGUGAACGUGCACGGCGGCCGGCACGCCAGGCUGCGCAGGUUCGUCCUCGGCGCCAUCAACAGGCCGGGCUCACUCCGGACCAUCGCGCGGGUGGCGCAGCCGCGCGUGGCGGCGGCGCUGCGGUCGUGGGCGGCCAAGGGCACCAUCACCGCCGCCACCGAGAUGAAGAAUGUGACGUUUGAGAAUAUAUGCAAGAUAUUCGUGAGUAUGGAGCCGUCGCCUCUAACCGAAAAGAUCCACGGAUGGUUCACCGGUUUGGUUGCUGGGUUCAGGUCGUUACCACUGGACAUGCCAGGAACAGCGCUCCACCACGCUCGAAAGUGCCGGAGAAAGCUGAACUCGGUGUUCAGGGAGGAGCUCGAGAGGAGGAAGGUGAAGAUGGUGACCGGAGAAGGAGGCGACGACGACGACGACGGUGACCUGAUGAGCGGGCUGAUGCACGUGGAGGAUGAGCAAGGUAGACGACUCGACGACGAUGAGGUCGUGGAUAACAUAGUCUCCCUUGUCAUCGCGGGCUAUGAGUCAACUGCUAGUGCCAUCAUGUGGGCGACCUACCAUCUCGCAAAAUCGCCCAGUGCCCUUGCCAAGCUAAGAGAGGAAAAUUUGGCCAUAGCCAAAGAGAAAAAUGGUGAUGGUUUUAUCACUCUCGAGGAUGUCUCCAAGAUGAAGUACACUGCCAAGGUAGUAGAAGAAACAAUCCGAUUGGCCAACAUAGCUCCGAUGGCUCACCGCGUGGCACUCAGAGAUGUUGAGUACCGAGGGUAUACAAUCCCAAAAGGGUGGAAAGUUAUUGUGUGGAUCCGAUCACUACAUGUCGACCCAGCAUACUACGACAAUCCGUUAAGUUUCAACCCGGAUAGAUGGGAUAAAUCAGCGGAGCUAGGCACGUACCAGGUGUUCGGUGGCGGCGAGAGGAUCUGCGCCGGCAACAUGCUGGCAAGGCUGCAGCUCACCAUCAUGCUCCAUCAUCUCUCUUGUGGUUACAAAUGGGAGUUGCUGAAUCCUGACGCAGGGAUUGUUUACCUUCCGCACCCAAGGCCAACAGAUGGGGCAGUGAUGUCCUUCAGUGAACUCUGAUGGCAGCUAUAUCAUUCAGACAUAGAAUAAAGUCACCAGUACAUUCUGUGGCUUAAGAACUUCAGAGUUCAUAUAUACUAUUGCUAGGUGCAAGACUGAUUAAGAAAAAGCUGAGAAGCAACAAUGCAUGAUAUGUAUCACACCAAGCUGAGUUUCUUUAAAUGUGUUAUUCAGUUGUUGUUCCACAUGUUUUGUAUAUACGUAAAUAAACUCUACCAAGAAUUCCUGUCUAUUAAUAAAUUGUGAGCUUUUGUGAGUUGAGGAA